GGAUUCCAAUUCUUCCAUUGUUCACCAAUGUUAAUUUAUCUUAAUUCUAAUUUACCACUAUCAAUGUACAGAAAUUAUCGAUUUUAUUACAAAUGCAUCAUUUCAAAUGUGUACAAACAAGCUUUUCGGCCUGUUCCAUAUCGAUCUAGUCAUUCAAUGCGAGAAAAAGUCGCUCAGCCAACCAUUCUAUCAUUGAAUACAGUGAAAUAUGCUGAAAAUGAAGCAAUUUGUAAAAAUGUUCAAUUAAUUGGUUGGGUCCAGUCGAUUAGAAAGCAUAAAUCUCGUGUAUUUUUUAAUAUCUCCGAUGGUUCUUCCCCAUAUGAUUUACAAGUUAUCACUCCGCCUAAUGAAAUAACUGAUAAGAUAAAAGUUGGUUCUGCUUUAUCAGUUGAAGGGGAUAUUUAUCCUAUGCCAAAUAUUCAACAUACAUCUUCAUUAUCAAUUGACAAACCUAUGAUUCAAUGUUAUGGAGAAUUACAUGCUAAAAUUGUUCAUAUUUUAGACAAUGACAAUUCACUCCACGACCAAUCCACUAACACUAUUUCGCUUCCUUUCCAACAAAAUACUUCUACAAAUAAUCAAUUGAUAAGUUCCAUUGGCCGACAUAGUCCACGACCGGAUUUAGGAAUUUUACAAUCAUCUGAAGCAUUAUCUAUGCGUCAUAGAUUACCGGAAUUCGGUGCAAUGCUUAGAAUACGUGCUUAUAUUAAACAAAUCAUUCGACAAGUAAUGAGUUCAUGUGAUUAUUUAGAGGUUGAUACACCAAUUCUUACUUCAACCGAUUGUGAAGGUACCGGUCAAAUGUUCAAUGUACAAAGUGCACCUGUAUCAAAUAAUCAACCGAAAGAAUUGAAUAAUAAUUCAUCAUGUAUCUAUUUAACUGGUAGUGCUCAAAUGCAUUUAGAAUCACUUGCAUUAGGUUUAAGUAAAGUUUAUACAUUGAAUCCAACAUUUCGUGCAGAAAAUUCAAAUACACGACAUCAUCUUGCAGAAUUUUAUAUGCUUGAAGCAGAAUCAAUUUAUUUAAAUAAUAUUAAUUCAUUAUGCGAGGAAAUUGAAUUAAUCAUUAAAAAAAUAUGCAAUGAAUGUUUGCUAAUUUAUCCUAAACCAGAAUGUCAUCAAUUGAAUGCUUUACAAAAAUGGAAAUCUAAUUUAAAUGAUUAUACGCAUCUUUCUUCAUUGUGUUCACUGUUUUACUGUUGUUUUACUGUUACUGGUAUGAAUUUUUAUUGUAAAGCUAUGAUUUCAUAG